CCCUCCACGGUUUACGAUGGUCUGUGGAGGUUCCAGCGAUCUGACACCGAGCGUGCCUAUCAAGAUCAUUUCGGCUGGGCUCGCUGGCUGCGUGGCGGACCUGGUUACCUUCCCGCUGGAUACCACCAAAGUCAGACUGCAGAUUCAAGGGGAAUCCAAACCUUUGGUGAAGGGUCAGAGGGCCACAUAUAGAGGCGUGUUUGGCACCAUCUUCACCAUCGUGAGAACCGAGGGGCCCAGGAGCCUCUACAAUGGACUGGUGGCGGGUCUCCACCGACAGAUGAGCUUUGCAUCGGUCAGAGUGGGUCUGUACGACAGCAUGAAGGACUUCUACAGCAGGAACUCGGAGAGCGCCGGCAUCGGGUCCCGGCUUCUGGCAGGCUGCACCACAGGGGGCAUGGCAGUUGCCGUGGCCCAACCCACCGAUGUGGUGAAAGUCCGAUUCCAGGCGCAAAUCCGCCUGCCUCAGGGUGGCUCGGUGAAGAGAUAUAGCAGCACCAUGGACGCCUACAAGACCAUAGCCAGGGACGAGGGGAUCCGAGGGCUGUGGAAAGGUUGUCUGCCGAAUAUAACCCGCAACGCCAUUGUCAACUGCUGCGAGAUGGUGACCUAUGACAUCAUCAAAGAGCGUAUCCUGCAAUACAAGCUGAUGACAGACAAUAUGCCGUGCCACUUUACAGCAGCCUUCGCCGCAGGGUUCUGCACCACCAUCGUGGCAUCCCCGGUCGACGUAAUCAAAACGCGCUACAUGAACUCUGUGCCGGGCCAGUACAGCGGCGCCAUCAACUGUGCCUUCACCAUGCUGGUCAAAGAGGGGCCCUUAGCUUUCUAUAAAGGAUUCAUGGCUUCGUUUCUACGCUUGGGCUCAUGGAACAUCGUUAUGUUUAUGAGCUAUGAGCAGAUUAAAAGAGGUCGUGUGUGGCUUGUAGUCUCUCGCUCAGGUGACCACUGGCGGCCUUUCUGGGGAUAACAGUGCUCAGCUGGGCUAUAUGUGGCCUCAGUUAAUCCCCAAGACGAGUGCUGCCGACGUCCUUUCCUGAUUAUCAGUGAAAGUCCUCCACUGAGACACUAAAGCUGUCCCAUCCUCCCGAUCAAGCACACCGGCCACAUGAUGCCCACCUACAAC